AUGAAGGAGGGCAAUUUCGAGCUCCUCCAAUAUCCCUUUGAGAAAUCGCCAAAUGCCCAAUGGCUCCGGAGCCGCGUCCGCAUCCUCAAUUACACGAUACACAAAACCUCCGGCCUAUUCCCGAGUGGGAUAGACUGGGAAGCGGGGCUCGCACCAACACUAUGUUGGUUCCCGCAAUUAUACGAAUUGCGGUUGGGCGUGGAUAACACGCACAAACUCGAUAGCAAGACGAUCGCUGCCUUGCAGGACACGCCCUCUAUUCAUGCCCUCCAGAUCGCGAUGCGGAUGGACAGGGCUGGAGGUAAACCUAUUACUUCACAAGUACCUUAUCAACUACUUGGUAUUUCGGCGUGGAAACUCGAGUUCCUUGUCAUCCGCGGUGACAAGUUUGAUCUCAAAGCAUUGAAUCAAUACCCGCCUGUGACCCAUCAACUGGUCGAGUUUCGAUGGACGGUACAAGGCUGUGACAUGAUUCUAGAUGGGCCGGACGUCGAGAAGCUGAUCACUUGGGUCACUAGCAAUUCGAUGCGGACCCUCGAGAACCUUUAUUUGCCAUCCGUUCACCCCAUCGCCAGAAAGCUGGCCAAUACCAUUCGCUCAUUGACCAUCCCCACUCUGAUGGAGUCGCCGAACGACUUUCGAAGUCUUCAAGAGCUCAUUCUCACCGAGAAGACUGAAAUGCCCACAGAAUCCCAAUACUAUAUCGCUCUACCGCCCAAUUUAAUGCAUUUUGGGAUGAAGGUGCACAGUGCAGCCGUCCAUGGGAAUACGGAAACUGUGGCAUGGCAUUUCAAUCCCAAAUUGAAGAUAUUUUCCAUCUAUCACGAUUCUUGGACCGCUACAAAGACACGGCUCGAACAAAACUCGUGGAAGGCUGCGGGUGGUGCUGUACUCGUCAGAACAUUUGGGGGUGAGCAUUCGACUCAGAUUGGAAUGAGGUCAGACUUGGUCCAAUCCCACGCAUAUCCUCGAGGAGUUACUAUCGAGAAUAUGCACAAGGGAAGCCGUGUGGUCGGGUUGGAUCACACCGAAGAACCGUCACCUCAGAAUUCCAACCUGCUCUUUGACCUGGGCAAUACGAUCAUAAAGCAUCUUGGCGGCUCAAUGGCUCCACGAGGAAUGUAG